AUGUCUCAUACUUGUAUGCUUUACUUCGAAGCCCACCAACACCAUGCCAAAUUUCAGGACAACCAUGCCAGUGUUAUGAGGAAAGAAGAAGCAGCAGUAGGAGCAAAGCAUGUUGAAGCCAACAAAAAACAAGUCAAAUUUCAGGACAGCCAUGCCAAUGAUAUCAAGAUAGAUGAUGUGAGUAAGGAUGUGGAUACAGUGGCUUUGGACUUCAUCAACCGUUAUUACAAUGAUGCCGUUCAAUUUGUCAAGGGAUACACAUUCUGUGGCAUAGUGGUCUUUCAUUGA